CUCCCGCCGCCCGCCCCGGCUGGGCCGGCCCGCCCCUCGCUCCACGCCCGGCCUCCCGCGCGCCCUGUCAGACUGUGGCGGCCGCUGCAGCUCCGUGAGGCGACUGGCGCGCUCACCCACGUCUCUGCCGGCCCGCCGCCCGUCCCACUCCGCCUUCCUCUCCGCUGCCCGCUCACCCGCCCGCGGCGACAUGGCUCACGCGCCCGCUAGCUGCCCGAUCUCCCGGAUCUCCGGGGACAGCGAGAUGGGCAAGCCCAGGAAGGUGGCGCUCAUCACGGGCAUCACUGGCCAGGAUGGCUCAUACUUGGCAGAAUUCCUGCUGGAGAAAGGAUACGAGGUCCAUGGAAUUGUACGGCGAUCCAGUUCAUUUAAUACAGGUCGAAUUGAACAUUUAUAUAAGAAUCCACAGGCUCAUAUUGAAGGAAACAUGAAGUUACACUAUGGUGAUCUCACAGACAGUACCUGCCUGGUGAAAAUCAUCAAUGAAGUCAAGCCUACAGAGAUCUACAAUCUUGGUGCCCAGAGCCAUGUCAAGAUUUCCUUUGACUUAGCAGAGUACACUGCAGAUGUUGAUGGAAUUGGCACCUUGCGGCUUCUGGAUGCAAUUAAGACUUGUGGCCUUAUAAAUUCUGUGAAGUUCUACCAGGCCUCAACAAGUGAACUAUAUGGAAAAGUGCAGGAAAUACCCCAGAAAGAGACCACACCUUUCUAUCCGAGGUCACCAUAUGGUGCAGCCAAACUGUAUGCCUACUGGAUUGUUGUGAACUUCCGCGAGGCUUAUAAUCUCUUUGCAGUGAAUGGCAUUCUCUUCAAUCACGAGAGUCCUAGAAGAGGAGCAAAUUUUGUUACUCGAAAAAUUAGCCGGUCAGUAGCUAAGAUUCACCUUGGACAACUGGAAUGUUUCAGUUUGGGAAAUCUGGAUGCCAAACGAGACUGGGGCCAUGCCAAGGACUAUGUAGAGGCUAUGUGGCUAAUGUUGCAAAAUGAUGAGCCAGAAGACUUUGUUAUAGCCACUGGGGAAGUUCAUAGCGUCCGUGAAUUUGUUGAGAAAUCAUUCAUGCACAUCGGAAAAACCAUUGUGUGGGAAGGAAAGAAUGAAAAUGAAGUGGGCAGAUGUAAGGAGACCGGCCAAGUCCAUGUGACUGUGGAUCUGAAGUACUACCGACCAACCGAAGUGGACUUUCUGCAGGGAGACUGCUCCAAGGCGCAGCAGAAACUGAACUGGAAGCCCCGCGUUGCCUUUGACGAGCUGGUGAGGGAGAUGGUGCAGGCCGAUGUGGAGCUCAUGCGGACCAACCCCAACGCCUGAGCGCAUCUGCAAAGAUUCCGAGGCAUGGCCUAUCAUGCAGAGCCAGCGAAUCAGAGUCCAGCCACUCCUGUGACCAUCGACCCUUGACCUCCUGUGUUGUCCCCACAGCUAAAAGCUGGGUUAUAAAUUUGUAGGCACCAGGAGGGGACACUCCAGAGCUAAGGCCACUUUGCUUUUGUCGAAGGCCCUUCUGAAUGGUUUUGGGAAAUCAAGAAGUGUUAAUCACAUAUUCAUUUUACUUGAAAUUAUGUCACUAGACAACUUAAAUUUUGGAGCUUUGAGAUUGUUUCUCUCUUUUCUUAUUAAAUGAUCUUUCUAUGAACCAGCA